UCCGUUCCGUUCGGCUCCGUUCCGCUGCGCUCCGCCGCAGACACCGGCAGGGCGCCGGGUGAGCCUGGCAGGCUAUGGGAUGGAUGAAGCUGAGCAGGACCAGUAUGAAGCCCGCCUCAAGGAGCUCUUUGACAGCUUUGACAGCACAGGCACGGGGUCGCUGGGGCAGGAGGAGCUCACUGACUUGUGCCAUGUACUGCACCUGGAGGAGGUGGCCCCGGCAUUGCAGCAGACCCUGCUCCAGGGCAACCUCCUAGGCAGGGUCCACUUUGAUCAGUUCAAGGAAGCACUUAUCCUCAUCUUGUCCAGAACACUGUCAAAUGAAGAGCACUUCCAAGAGCCAGAUUGCUCCCCAGAAGCGCAGCCCAAAUACAUCAAAGGCAACAAGCGCUAUGGCCGCCGGUCGCUGCCAGAGUUCCAGCAGUCCGUGGAGGACUUUGCUGAGGUGACCGUCCUCGAGCCGCUGGGAGAGGAAGUGCAGCCUCCACACAUCACAACCAGCGGCUGUGAGGAGCUCUGGAAGACUCAGGACAGCGAGGAGUACGAGGCAGAAGGGCAGCUGCGCUUCUGGAACCCAGACGACCUGAAUGCCUCCCAAGGCACAUCACUGCCCACACCAGAAUGGGUGGAGGAGAAGCUGCAAGAGGUCUGUGAGCACCUCGGCAUCUCCAGGGAUGGCCACUUGAACCGCAAGAAGCUCAUCUCCAUCUGUGAGCAGUUCGGGCUCCAGCACAUCAACGGGGAGGUGCUUGAAGAGGUGCUCCAUAACCUGGAGCAGGAUGGCACUAUGAGUGUGGAAGAUUUCUUCUACAGCUUGUUUAGGAAUGCAAAGCCACUGACACCCUCAGCAUCUACCCCAUACCGACAGCUGAAGAGACACCUCUCCAUGCAGUCAUUUGACGAGAGCGGCCGCCGCACUGCAGGCCCCGCUGCCAUGCCCAGCACCGUUGGGUUCUGCCUCUUCUCCGGCCUGGAUGAUGGCAUGGGUUAUGGUUGUGUGGAGGGCAUCUUGGACUGCUGGCACCAGGAAGGCGUGGAGAACAGCCAGGACGUCCUGAAGGCUUUGGAUUUCAGCUUGGAUGGGAAGGUGAACCUGACUGAGCUGACACUGGCACUAGAAAAUGAGCUUCUAAUAACCAAGAACAGCAUCCACCAGGCGGCCCUGGCCAGCUUCAAGACAGAGAUCAGACACUUGCUGGAGCGAGUUGACCAAGUGGCCAGAGAGAAGGAGAAGCUGCGCUCGGAUUUGGAAAAAGCUGAAAAACUGAAAUCUCUGAUGGCUUCUGAAGUUGAUGACCACCAUGCAGCAAUAGAGCGCCGCAAUGAGUACAACCUCAGGAAGCUGGAUGAGGAGUACAAGGAACGAAUCGGCGCUCUGAAGAAUGAGCUGCGGAAAGAGCGCGAGCAAAUCCUGCAGCAGGCUAACAGACAGCGGCUGGAGCUGGAGCAGGAGAUAGAGAAGCUGAAAACUGAUGAGAACUACGUCCGUGACCGCCUCACGCUGUCCCUGAAGGAAAACAGCCGUCUGGAAAGCGAGCUCUUGGAAACUGGAGAAAAGCUGGCCGAGUAUGAAAGCCUGGCAAACAAACUGCAGAGGAACUUGGAAAAUGUCCUGGCUGAGAAGUUUGGGGACCUGGAUCCCAGCAGUGCGGAGUUCUUCCUGCAGGAGGAGAGGUUGGCCCAAAUGAAGAAUGAGUACGAGCUGCAGUGCAGGGAGCUGCAGGACCAGAUCGAUGAGCUGCACUCAGAGCUGGAGGAGUACCGCACUCAGGGCAAGGUGUUCAGGCCGUCCCUGAAAAACUCACUGUCAGAGGAGUUUGAUAUUGAUAUCAAAAGCUAUGGCAACAGCGGCGUUGAACCUGACCAGGGACUUGGGUCGGAAGACUGCAAUCCAUUAAAUAUGAGCAUAGAGGCUGAAAUGGCCAUCGAGCAAAUGAAGGAGCAGCAUCACAGGGAUUUGCAUCACCUCAAGCAGGAGCUGGAAGACACUGUGAGCCACUAUGAGAAGCAGCUGGGUGAGACAAAAACCCACUGUGAGAAGGAGCAGGAGGACAUGAGGAAGAAGUACGGUGAGGAGAUGCGUGUGAUGGAGAAGCAGAUAGCUGGGCUCAGAAGCCAAGUUGCAGAGCUGCAAGGAGAGGCUGCAGCACUCAGGGAGCAGCAAGAAAAGCUUGGCUGUGAACAUAAUGCUGAGAAAAACAAGCUGCAGGUCAGCUUCAGUGAGGAGAAAGCCAAUCUGCAGGAGCUGCUGAGGCAGGAACAUGAGGACGAUGUUAGAGCCAGGUUGGAGCAGGCCAAUGAGAAGUUCAGUCGAGAACGGGAGGAGCUGAUCCAGAACGGUGUCUGGGCAGAGGAGAAAAUGAGAGCACUGCUGCAGGCACUGCAGGAUGAGAAGGGAGAGCUGGAGCACGGCUUCCAUCAGCAGCUGGAGAGGAUGGCAGAAGCACAUGCCCUGGAGAAGGAGGAGCUGCUGAGGAAGCACAGGCAGGAGUUGGAGGAGGAGAGGCAAAAAAUGGAAAGUGACUAUAACAGAAGAGCAUCUCAUGCUGAAAGCCAGUUCUCUGCUGACACCCAAACACUUGUGAAUAAGUAUGAAGAAACCAUCCAAAGUCUGGAGGGCCGCUACCAGCGAGAGCUGCGUGAGUUUGUGGAACUGCAGAGAGAGGAGAAGGCUCAGUGGGAGUUUGAAAGGGAUGAGAUUGCCCAGGAGGUCGCUGAAGCCCACGAGCAGCUGAAGGAAAGCCUGGCAAAUGAGAAGGCUGCAUCUGUUGCCCUGAGCCAAGAGAAGGAGCUCCUGGAGAAGAAGUUUAAGGAGGAGGUGAAUACAUUGAUGUGCGAGAAGGAGCAGCUCCAGAAAGAGCUGCAGGAGCUGAGGGAUGCUGCUGAGGAGCAGGAGAGAAAGCUGAGCAGUGAGAUGCUACAGCUUCAAAAUGACCACGAGAGAGAGCUGAAGGACAAAGAGGAGCGUAUCAACACGGUGGAGGAAAGUGGGAAACUGGUCAGGCAAAAGCUGGAGAGACUCCAUAGUGAAUAUAAGCGGGAGAAGGAAGAACUGAAUUCCAAGCUUCUGGCCUUGGAAAGUUUAAACAAAGACAUUUGUGUGAAAGCAGAAGCAGAAAAGGCAGAGAUGAAUUUGGAAAUCUCAAACCUCCAAGAAAAAGUGCAGAAGUUGCAGUGGGAGAACCUUAGUUUUUCUGCACUACAGAACCACUAUCGGGUCCUGGAAAACGAAUACACCAAAGCAAAGAGCAAAAUAGCUUCUUUCUCUGCUACGGAGCCGCUGGGAGAUGAUGCAGAUGUUCUCAUAAACCUGCAGAAAGUGCAUGAGCAAGCUGUGAAGGAAAAUGUCAGGAUGGCUGCUGAGAUUGUCAGGCUGCAGCAAAGGCUGCAAGAUGCUGAGUGCAGAUCCAUGGGGCAUGCCUGGCCUAAUUGCUCUGACCAAACAUUGCAGCUGCUAGACGAGGUGAAUCCUCUUUUUGGAGGGCUGCCCUGUGACUGUAGAGAUGAAGGCAAGGGAGCGGAUCUGGAUGGCUUUCAGCUCCUGGAGGCUGAUGCUACAGACCUGGAAGAAGGGAUGGGUUGUGGUUUGGAGGAGCUGUGUGAUGGAAGCAGAGCGGACAGUGGUGCUCCUGAGGUGUGGAUGUGCCACGUGCCAGGGGGUAAAAUGGCACUGGAGAGUGAUGGCAACCUUGACUUGGACAAGGAUCUAGAGGUGGGUUCUCAGGUGCCUCUGCUGCAAAGAAACAGAGAUCUUGAGGGAGUACCCAGGCUAAAAAUACUCCAGAAUGGUAUUGAACAGCAGAAUGUCUGUCUGCUAAGUAACAGAGCAGCUCCCAAGAGUAAAAGCUUUCAUCCUGAUGCUUCAAAGUUGCAGACUGAACUUGAGCACGUCAAAGAACUGGAACGUGCUCCUGGAUUGAUGAACGGUGACCUGGAAAGUGCAAUACCUCAACUCUGGGAGAGGGUUGAAGAGUUGCAAGAAAGAUUGAUGGCACAAGCCAAGCUGCUGUCACUGCAAGAAGAAAUUCAGGCAGAAAAUGAGGGCCUGAAAUCUGAAGUGAUGAAGUUAGUUGAAAAAAACAGAGUCCUGGAAGACAACCUGUGUGAACUGAGAAGCUUUCAUUGCAAGCUAGAAGAAAGCGAGCUGGAAAGUAUGAAGCUCUGGGAGGAAAACAUGCAGCUCCCCAAAACAGUUAGAGAGUUGAAAGAUGGCCAAACCCAAAGUGUUGGAGGAGAAAUAGAUGUGUCCAGGGAGAAGUCAAGGCUGCGAUGCCAGCUUGGAAAGCCAGAAGAACAGGCGGCAGUGCUUAAGGCUCUGCAAGAUGAGCAUGCCCAGUGUGGCAGCAUGAUGAAGGAAGCAUCAACAGAAAAGACAGGUCUGCAGGAGCACAGUGAGAUGCUGGAGGAGGUCCCCACUCUGGUUAACCCCAAUGCCAUGCAUCUCCAGGAGGAGGAGAGGAACGCAGUGACGCGUGGCUUACAAAGCACGUGCACCGAGCUGCAGCAAAAAGUUGAUCUUUUGAGAUGUGAGGCUGAGAAGCUCAGAGAAGAAAACGCCAUUCUGAAAAACAAAGUGAUGCUGUUAAAUGAGGAGGGCAGUGCUUCCAGCCUGAAACUGCGGGAGCUGAACGGAUCCCGGGAGGAGAUGCGGCUAAAGAUAGAGGCGGUAAGGAAGGAGAAAGUGGCUGUGCAGAAGAUGGUUGACAAUCUGAAAAAGCAGGUAGCAGAUCUGAAGGCCAGGAACCAGCAGCUGGACUCUGAAAACACUGAACUGAGCCAGAGAAACUCCAAAAACCAAGCAGAUGUGCAGGAUCUCAACCAACAGCUGGCAAGGGUGCUCAAGCAAAAGGAAAGGGAAGCAGGAAAAUGUACCCUGGAAGAGUGGGAAAAGGAGAGAUUGGCACUGAAAGAGGAACUGGAAAACAAUAAAGUAAAGUCAUCAAAUGUGGUGUCCUCCUUGGAGAUGGAGCUGUCAGAAAUGAAAGUUCAAGCUCGUGUGUUGGAGCAGGAGAACCGCCUUCUCAAGGAGGAGCUGGAGAAGGCAAAGCAGCUGCCCAGGUGCCCUGACCUCUCUGACCUUCAGAACGAAGUCUCUAGCUUGAUGACUAAGAAUGAAAAGCUGCUGAAAGAAAAGGAAGCGCUGAGCGAGGAAUUAGGCAGAUGUAUUGAUAAGGUGGCCAAAGUAAGCUGCUUGGAGAGUGCUGUUGGCAGCUUGAAGCAGGAGCAGAAGUCCUGGGAACAACAGAGUCAGACCUUGAAAACGCAGCUAUCAGCUUCACAGGAGAAGGUUCAGAGCCUGGAUGAAACCCUGCAGAACACCAGCCUCCAAAUGUCCUGCCUGAGGUCGGACCUGCGGGUGGCACAGCAGGAGAAGGAAGCUCUUGAGCAAGAGGUGAUGUCUUUACACAAGCAGCUGCAGAACGCCAACGAGAAGAACAGGGUCCUAGCACGGGCUGUGCCUUCCCCAGGGUGCACACAGCAGGACGAGCUGGAGCAGCUGAUGGCCCAGGAGCAGCAGCUGCUGCGGCAGGAGAAGGAACGGCUGCAGAGGGAAGCCCGCAUCUCUGCCACAGAGCUGGUGCAUGCCAGGGAGAAGAUCCGACAGCUGGAAUCCACUGUCCUCUCCUUAAAGCAUCAGAAGCAUCAAAGCCAGUCAGGUAUUGUCAAAGCCAUAGAGCAGGAGAAACUAAGCUUGAAGAGAGAGUGUGAACAGCUACAGAAGGAGUUGUCCUCUGCCAAUAGGAAGAUCAGUCAGAUGAAUUCUGUUGGACACGAAUUGGAAACAAGCUCAGAAAAUGAAGGGCUAAGGAAAAAGCAAGUCAAGCUGGACGAUCAGUUAAUGGAGAUGCGACGCUCGAGCAGCAGCGGGAUGCUUAGCCAGCCCCUGCACCCCCGGGAGCUCCCACAGCAGGGCUGUGCCGUGGUGCCCAGGGAGCAGUUCCUGCAGCUCCAGCAGCAGCUGCUGCAGGCAGAGCAGCGGGGCCAGCGGUUGCAGGAGGAGCUUGAGAGCAGACCUUCUGAAACCCACAUGCAGCAGGGGGGCCAUGAGCAGCUUCUGAAGAUGAUGGAAGAACGGAUGAUGGAUGUUGAACAGAAACUGAGGCUCGUGAAGAGGCUUCUCCAAGAUAAAGUAAAUCAGCUGAAGGAACAACUUUCCAAGAACACCAAAGCAGACGCAGUGGUCAAGGAUCUCUAUGUUGAGAACGCUCAACUGCUGAAGGCUUUGGAGAUGACGGAGCAGCGCCAGAAAACUGCCGAGAAGAAAAACUAUUUACUAGAAGAGAAGAUCGCCAACCUCAAUAAGAUCGUAAAGAACUUGGCAUCCCCAUCUUUCAGUUCAGCAGCUGAGUUAAGGUCAUAGCAAAGCCCUGAAGUACGCCACAAUCCCGUGCACUUUACUGGAAUUGUAAUAUUUCAGCUUUUCACUGCGUUGCCUUUUUGUAUUGAGGAACCUUUAGUUAAGAGAUGCCUCCAAGGGGUGGCAGAGCUAAAUCCCAAGCAGACACUGCCUACAGAGAUCCUUAUGUUUAUUCCCAAACUAUUUUUCUGCUCAGUUUUGGCUAAAAGUAAUCUUUGCUAUGUAAAAAAAAAAAAAAAAAAAAAGGAUGUUUUUCUAGGUUAACUUAUUUUGAUACUUUGGUUUUAAUUUAAAACACGGAUGCUGAAUAUACUGAAUUGAUUAUUUCUAUUUAGGUCGAAGCACAAACUGCUGGUAUUGAACUAAUGACUUUAAAACCCUUUUGGUUUUCUGGGACACUUCUUGGUCCAAACCUAGUAAUAUAAUUAUAAUAUAAUCAGGCUCAUCUGAGUUGGAAGGGACCUGUAGGUCUGCUCCAACUGGAACAGGGAACGAGGAGGGACAUCUACAGUCUGAAUACUGCUGAUGGAAUUGCUAUUGAAAGCAAGACUUUCCCGGUGUUGUCUGUAUCCUGCAAUACGAUUCUAGUUUCUGUAAAGCAAUAUGCUCCACUUCUGCAUUAGGAAUCUGGGUUAUUCCUCAUGGCUGCUUCUCCACAGAAGAAAAGCAGUCAAAGAUGCGUAAAUAGACUACUGCCUCCAACUGAUGUAACUGUGUUUUAUCUGGAGAAAUGUCCCAGGUGGCAAAUAAAGACUACUGCUCUUUUUUUAUUAUU